CAGAGAAGAAGAAAUGGAAGGAAAUGAAGCUACUGAAGAAACUGGAAAAACAGCGGAUGCGGGAGCUGGCAGAGAAACACGCUGAGAAGCAGGAGGAGCAGAAGGAAGACAAAGGGCGUCACUACACGCUGAGCGUAGCCCUGCCGGGCUCGAUCCUGAACAACGCCCAGUCGCUGGAGCUGCGGACGUACCUUGCUGGGCAGAUUGCUCGGGCCUGUGCCAUCUUCUGUGUGGAUGAGAUCGUAGUGUUCGAUGAGCACGGAGAGGAUGUGAAGAGUGUGGAGGGGGACUUUGAAGGAAUCGGGAAGAGAGGCAAGGCGUGUGUGCAGCUGGCUCGGAUCCUGCAGUACUUGGAGUGUCCUCAGUACUUGAGGAAAUCCUUUUUUCCAAAACACGAGGAUCUGCAGUUUGCAGGGCUCCUCAACCCCCUGGACAGCCCCCACCACAUGCGGAUGGAUGAGGAUUCGGAGUACCGAGAAGGUGUAGUGUUGGACCGGCCAACUAAGCCAGGCAGAGGCUCUUUUGUUAACUGUGGGUUGCGGAAGGAGGUACAGAUCGACAGGCAGCUGAAACCCGGUCUGCGAGUCACUGUGCGCCUGGAGGAAUCCCAGAAGCCAGAAACGAAAGCGCGGAAAGGCACCGUGGUGUCCUCGCACCACCCUCGGACAGUCUCGGGCUUGUACUGGGGUUACACUGUCCGCCUUGCCUCCUGCCUGAGUGCUGUCUUUUCGGAGUGCCCGUUCAAGGAAGGCUACGAUCUCUCCAUUGGGACUUCGGAGCGGGGCAGCUCCGUGGACCAGACCACUCUGCCCUCCUUCAGGCAUGCCCUUGUCGUGUUUGGAGGUCUUGAGGGCUUGGAAGCUGGAGUUGACGUGGACCCAAACCUGGAGGUCACCGACCCAAGCGUCUUGUUUGACUUCUACCUGAACACUUGUCCCUGCCAAGGCAGCAGAACCAUCCGGACCGAGGUAGGGGGCUAA